AUGUGGGUUAUUUUAUCCCUUAUUGUUGUAAGACCUAUGAGCCCUGAAGGAUGCAAGGCAAGAAGAGGCAAGAUUAGUGAACAAUCCCACAUCACUCUGGGACGGAAAGAUGACAUAGUGGUUACAAGAAAUGAUACACAAGAGAUUGAGGAGCUUAAUAAUUACUUAGCUAAGCAAUUCGAGAUGAACAAUUUGGGAGCUCUAAAAUAUUUCUUAAGAAUAGAAGUGUCUGGAUCUAAGCAAGGGAUAUUUCUAUCCCAUUGCAAGUACAUCCUCGACCUUUUGGUCAAAACUGGCAAGUCAGCUUGUGAACCAAUUGACACUCCAAUAAUAGUCAAGUACCAACCAACAUGGGGAGAUAUCAAUGGUUGGUUGGGAAGCAUUUAUGUUGCUCACAAUAUUCAUGACUUGUCAUAUGCAGUUAGUGUGGAUCUAAACUUGAUAGUUAAUCUACAUCUGAUUAUGUGUCAUUUGUUGGAGGCAAUAGCAAAAGUGUUUUUGUCUAGUGCAUCAGUUGAAUACAAAGCUCUCCAUCACGCUAUUAUAGAAUUGAUUUGGCUGAAGAUCUUAAUGAAAGAGCUUGGAUUCGGUUCAACGAAACCAAUGGUGUUGUAUUGUGAUAAGACAAUAGCCAUUAACAUUGCUAAUGACUUUGUCCAACAUGACAGAACUAAACACAUUGCGGUUGAAAGAAAUUUCAUCGAGAUAAUCUUGUCAAUGAUGUCAUUGAAGUGCCCUACAUCAAGCGUGCAGACUGGAAACGGCGAAUCCACAGUGGAGCAAGGGUUGACCCCCGUAACAUUGGAAUCCGCAGUCUGCAAACUGGUGGAUGGCUGA